AAACAGACGAUGAUGAUAAAAUACAUUAUUCAGGCCUAGAUCAUACAUCAAGAGAAACUUUAGGUUAUAAAUGCAAACGUAUACUAGAUUAUGGUCGUCUCAAAUAUUUACAGGAAAAUGGUUUUGAUGUAGAAUUGAUUUACUAUGUAGAAUCAUCAACUUCUUUAGAAAACUUGGCAUUAAUGGCUAUUCCAAAAAAAAGAUUGACUUCUAAAAAUACUAAUUAA